GGAGACGGCUCAGGCUGGUCGAUAGCUGGGGCCUGGUACCGAGGAGACGGCUGGUACCGAGGAGACGGCUGGUACCGAGGAGACGGCUGGUACCGAGGAGACGGCUCAGGCUGGUCGAUAGCUGGGGCCUGGUACCGAGGAGACGGCUCAGGCUGGUCGAUAGCUGGGGCCUGGUAUCGAGCUGGGGCUUGGUACCGAGGAGACGGCUCAGGCUGGUCGAUAGCUGGGGCCUGGUACCGAGGAGACGGCUGGUACCGAGGAGACGGCUCAGGCUGGUCGAUAGCUGGGGCCUGGUAUCGAGCUGGGGCCUGGUAUCGAGGGGACGGCUGGUACCGAGGAGACGGCUCAGGCUGGUCGAUAGCUGGGGCUCGAGGAGACGGCUGGUCGAUAGCUGGGGCCUGGUAUCGAGCUGGGGCCUGGUACCGAGGAGACGGCUCAGGCUGGUCGAUAGCUGGGGGCUGGUACCGAGGAGACGGCUGGUACCGAGGAGACGGCUCAGGCUGGUCGAUAGCUGGGGCCUGGUAUCGAGCUGGGGCUUGGUACCGAGGAGACGGCUCAGGCUGGUCGAUAGCUGGGGCCUGGUAUCGAGGCGACGGCUGGUAUCGAGGAGACGGCUGGUACCGAGGAGACGGCUCAGGCUGGUCGAUAGCUGGGGCCUGGUAUCGAGCAGGGGCCUGGUACCGAGGAGACGGCUCAGGCUGGUCGAUAGCUGGGGCCUGGUACCGAGGAGACGGCUGGUAUCGAGGAGCCGACGGCUCAGGCUGGUCGAUAGCUGGGGCCUGGUACCGAGGAGACGGCUGGUAUCGAGGAGACGGCUCAGGC